AUGGAAAGUAAUGACAUAAAACCGUUUGUGACGACUCGGAAAAAUUGUCGAAUAUCUCGAAACAAAAAACAAUACUGGAAGAAGAGUACGAAGGUAGAAAAUGUUGAAGAUUCUUUGAAUGAAUCUUGCCAGAUUAAUACGGCUGAAAGCUUGACGGAACAACCUCAGGAAGAAAUUUUCGCGGAUAAAGAAUAUUAUUUCCGUGUUACUAAAAAAAAACUGCCAAGAGAGCCAAGAACUUUAAAGCACAUAACAAGUAUAUUACCGCAUGUGGAGGUAGAUCCCACAGGUGCUUCGUACAAUCCGCCAGUUACUAAAUACCUAGUACUUACUUUUCUGCAGCAAAGAAAAGCCACAAAAAAUAAAGAAAAACGGAGAACAAAAAAAGCCCGUCGUAGAGAAUUGUUGGAAAAAAAGCGAAUGGAAUUAAAAAAUAAACGCAAAUUUCGAAAAAAGCAAAUGCACCUUAUCAAUUCGUUAGUGCUGAGAAAAUUUGCUGGUACGCAACGUUUAGGUCGCGGUAAAUUUGUGCCUUGUGAAAAACCAGUAUUGUUACCGGAAGAAUUGCCCAGUUCAUUACGAGAUGUGAAACCCCAAGGUAGUAUUUUAGCAGAACGUGUGAAAAGUUGGCAAAAAAGGAAUUUACUUCCAGUAGCAGGAGAGCGAAGAAAGCGGAUGAAGUUGAAAACAAAGCUGCGAAUUAAAAUGAAAGAAGAUAGGAAGCACAAACAAGUGAAGCUUGGUACCACUUUAAUAUGA